CCUGGAAGUCUGGUCUGGUGGGCUUGGAGCACUGGGUGGGCAUUUCUUGAGAGCUGUGGUGGCCCCCGCCUGCUUGGGCUGGGAUGUCACUUCAUGCUGAGCCUCAUUUGAUGGCAGUGUGUCCAGAGGCAGCCCGGCUCCAGGCUGAAGCAAAAAGCCAGAGCGGGUGAUGCGGGAGCUGCUCCAGCGCCUACCGCAGCCUGCGGCCCGGUGGGAGCGUCCCGGGCCCUGCCCCGGGGCGCCCUGAGGCGGGGCAGUGCCCACUCCCGCCGGCCGCCCUCACAAGGCCCAGGCCGCCUCCUUCCCACAAGGCCCAGCAGGGCCGCCCUCACACCUGCCCCGCCCUGCCCUGUCCCGCCCGGCCCCACCCUGCCCCGUGGCCUCUGUCACACCCCACGCUGACGUGCUGAGCCUUCCACCAGCCAUUGUGACGCCACAGGCGCCAGUCGGGCACGGCUUUGUUGGUGCCCGCAGCCGGCGCCCAGAGCUGCUGUAGCCUCUCGGGGAGCAGCAGCACAUCCCGCUCGGGGAGCAUUGCGCGCCUGCAUCGCCGUCUUGGCAGCUGCAGGCCACGACCACUGCGCAGGGCGACCUCGUCUGCCUUGUGCUUCAUACCCUGUGCCCGUCCUUAUUCUCGUCCCCUUUGUCACCCUCCCCCUAAACCUCGCCCCGUCCCAUUCCUCAUCCCUACUUGGCUCCCGGCAGCCCGCCGGGGGCUUCUUGCCCUUCCUGCUGCUGGGAGCUCCAAGCAGGGCCAUGCCGUGGCUUCUGAGCAAGAAGCGACGGCAGUCGCCCUCCAGCAGCCCCAGUGGGCAGCCCUGGGCUGCCACCAGCUCCAGCAGCGCCUCCCAGCUCCGGGAGCAGGGGCUGGGCAGGCUGCACCGCGCGGCCGCCCGCGGUGACCUGGGCUGGCUGAGGCGCUGGCGCUGGUACGUCAAGGUAGUCGGCAUCGACAGGCCAGACCAGGAGAUGCGGACACCUCUGCAUCUGGCUUCGGCCAAUGGCCAUGCAGAUGUCGUGAGAUAUCUGCUAAGAAAGAACAGCCAGCCCAACCUCGCUGACAGCUUCAAGAGAACGGCCCUGAUGAAGGCAGUCCAGCAGGAGCAGGAAGAAUGUGUUGCUGUUCUGCUGGAACACGGUGCUGACCCCAAUCUGGCAGACGCUGACGGCAACACUGCCCUUCACCUGGCUGUCCUCUCUAAAAACACAGCUGUAGCAGGGCUGUUACUGGAGCAUCAUGCCAAGAAUGAUGCUCAGAACCAGGUAACCUUGGCAUGUGGCUAA